GGCUGUGAGUGGCGCACAAACCAUACGCAACAACUCGACAUUCAUCGCAUGCGAGCACAUGAGGGCAAGAAAGUGGUGUUCAAGAGAUAUAAGUCGAAGAAUAACUCUAAUCCCAACUCCGACUAUGACUUUAAAGGCGAGCUUAAGAAGUUCCCGUGCGAUUGGCCGGGCUGUGAGCGACGCUUCCGGUACGCCAAUAAUCUCGACACACAUUUGAAAGCACAUCAAAAAUCUGAUUUGCAUAAAUCCGAGAAAGUAGUGAAACAAUCAAAUGAACGGAAAUCACGGAAACAAAGUAUUUCGAAACCAAAAGUUAGUAAAAAGUUUCGAUGCGAUUGGCCCGGAUGUCCGUCCAUAUACUCCACCAGAUCUAUGUUAUUGCAACACACCAACAAACAUACCGGUGCCAAGCCUUUUGCGUGUCUACACUGCGAUAAACGCUUUUCGUACAAAACCACACUUCACUCUCACAUUCAAUUCAAUCAUAAAUUCGCUGAAAAUUCAACCGAAAAGGCGUUUAAAGGACUUCUGGCUCACGACAGGAAAAUGCACCAAAAAGGAAAUGACAACGACUUCAACGAUAGUUACAAUAUCGAAGAAAUCUGUGACAAUACCGACAAUUACUCUCAGAUCCAACCCAUGAGUCAGACAUCGGGUUCACAUUAUCCUAGUAUUCAGUCAAAUGUGAUUCGUUUGGAUCGCAUCCGAGCUUUCAAUUCAACGCGAAUUCAAAUACCAAAUGAACACAACUAUCAAUCAUUGCCUCAAAUGAUUGGCCACAACAACCCCACCACAAGUCGUGUCUUUCAGUGUGUGGUCGAGAAUCUAGUAAAGCCUCAAAAGGAAGUGAGAAAUGUCGUCAAAUUGACUAAUAUUGCUGGCAAUGAGACCAUUACCAAAGAGCUGCCGAUCCCCUGUACUCACGAGACUUGUUGGCGUAGGUUUAAGACACCAAAAGCUCUGGAAUGGCAUCUCAAGAAAUUUCACCCACAAACUUAG